GCGCGGGGGGGCGGGGCUGAGCCUGCGCCUGCGGCCUGGUCGCUCUGACGGACAUCCCCGAGCCGCCAGCGGCCGAGUGUGAGGAGGAGGAAGAGGAGAGUCUCUGUCUGUCUGUCCGCUGUCCGGAGCGACGGGCACCGGGUGUCCGCGAUCCCCGGCUCUAGCGGCGGCUGCAGCCCGGCCAUGGGCUCCGGUAGCGGCAGCGGCCCGGUCUGAGCCCCCCUCCCCCGGCGCCGCCUCACCGCCAGGCCCAGGCUGGCCGGCCUUUGUCUACAGGGCCUUUACACUAAGCGCUGGACAGCGGGCACUCUUCAUUCACCACAGGCCGCUAGCUACAAGGCUCUGCAGCCGCCCUCAGGCCGCGGGUCAGCCCCCAUGGGCUCCAUGAGCGGGUGUCGCUGUCAGUGGCAUGUUUGAAUCUUUAUGUAGCGUGGAUUUUUAUUAGUUAUUCCCUCCCACACCUUCAUGUCAUGUUUGUAUUAUAAAUAAAGGUAAGGGGAGAUUAGAAUGAGCAGACUGGAAGACCUCACGGCUCCUGACAGCGAGGCGGUCAGUUUAAUGCAGUGUGUACAUGGGGUUGAGAUGAAUGAACAAGGAUUGGAAAAUGAUCAAGUAAGUGUGGAGAAUAUUGUGACUGAGGUUGGUGAUGAUGUUAGCUCGCUGGAAAACCUCCCCGACACCAACGAUGCUUUUGGAGGGAAUCUGGCUGAAGAUGUUUACGGUGACGAGGCCUGUGCGCUUAUCGUAAAUGAAGAUGCUAACGGUGAACAGACAAGCGUGGACUUGAAAAACACAACUACAGAAGAAGUCAAGGUUGCGGUUGGUGCUGUGCACUUGUCCAACUUAAAUGCUGAUUCUGAUAACAAUUGGAUUGCAGAUGAUGCAAAAAACUUCAGUUCAGGAACUGACAAUGUGGAGGAGACAUCAGACGUUGAGGAAGACGAUGACCACUGCCAGAUUCAACUACUUUCUGCUCAACUGCGUCAACUUGAGCAAAGUGCAGUGAUUUUGGAGAACAAAGGCAAGCUGUCUCUCAGAUCACCAGCGGAUGAAGGGGUGGAUUCAUUAACUCUCGAUGGUGACGGGCAACAGUUUGCUGUCAUUAACCAUCAAGAUAUUUUAACUGACAUCAGGCAUGAACAUUCAGAGUGGCCCGGUGAAAAACUGAGGAGUUUUAAUGUAAAUGUAAUGGAAGAUCUGAACGAACUGACUGAAGAUAGAUGUCCAGGAAGCAUUUCUGGUUUUAAUGGCCAUGCAGAGUCCAAUGUUCAGGAUCAACUCACACCAGCAGAAACUGAAAGAAAACAAACAAUUGCCCAAGAAUGGCCAGAAGAUUCAUCUGUAAAUGACUUUGGCCAAGUUAAGGUGGCCACUGAAGCUCUGCGCCUUGACCAGCCGUCUCCUGAUUUAUUUGCAGACGAUGAUGUGGCGAUGGAGGAUUUUUCUCUAGUUGGCAAGCUCUUAUUUAAGCAGAUGUUGCUGAAGGAAGACUGGAAGAAAGAAGGAGAAGCCUUGUCUCUGGCAGUGAAGGAACUGAAAGAGGAGGUUGAGUGUAUUAGCAAAACCUUUCUGCCUGAGGACGACCCUGAGCACGUGGAUGUAUCGAGUCAAGGUGCUUGUCAUAAAAAAGACGCUGUCCGCGAGCAAAAUCGAGAGACGAAGAAGACAUUUUCUUUCCCUGCAUUUAAGGAAGUGAUGGGGCCGUGCGAGUCCGAGGAUCUGCUGGAUGGAAUCAUAUUUGCUGCCAGUUACCUUGGAUCAACCCAGCUAUUCUCCGACAAAAACCCAUCGACCAAUGUGCGAAUGUCACAAGCGCAGGAAGCAGUGGGGAGAAUAAAGGCCCCAGAAGGAGAGUCGCAACCAAUGACUGGAGUCGAUCUGUUCAUAUCGACACAACGCAUUAAAGUGUUGAACGCAGAAACACAGGAAGCUCUGAUGGACCACCCUCUCCAGACCAUCUCAUACAUUGCAGACAUUGACACAACAAUAGUGUUCAUGGCUCGGCGGCGACUGCCACGGAAACCUCCCGACCAAGAGACAGGGAGCUCUGCAGCAGGGAAACGAGAGUACAAGAUGAUCUGCCAUGUCUUUGAGUCUGAAGACGCAUCUCUCAUCGCACAGGCCAUAGGCCAAGCGUUCACUGUGGCAUACCAGCAGUUUUUGAACGCCAAUGGUAUCAACCCUGCGGACCUGAGUCCCACAGAGUACAAUGAUUUACUCGACACCGAGUUCUACAACGGGGACCUUGUACACUUUUCCAAAUCUGAGAACUCGAAAGAGGUCCGUAUUGAUAAGGGGAAAGGUGAGAUCCUUGGCCUUGUGAUUGUGGAGUCGGGCUGGGGCUCCCUCCUCCCCACUGUGGUGGUAGCCAACCUCAUGCACGGCGGGCCGGCAGAGCGGUCGGGAGAGCUGAACAUCGGGGAUCAGAUCAUCUCUGUGAACGGCACCAGCUUAGUUGGCCUGCCCCUUGCUACCUGCCAGGGCAUAAUCAAGGACUUGAAAUAUCAGCCUGAAGUGAAGCUCAAUAUUGUGCGCUGUCCACCCGUCACCACGGCAAUCAUCAAACGACCAGACCUGAAACUUCAGCUGGGAUUUAGUGUUCAGGAUGGCAUUAUCUACAGCCUCAUGAGAGGUGGCAUUGCAGAACGAGGUGGAAUUCGAGUUGGACACAGAAUCAUUGAAAUAAACGGGCAGAGUGUUGUUGCAAUCCCUCAUGAAAAGAUUGUGCAGAGACUGUCAAACGCCACUGGUGAGAUUCACAUAAAGACGAUGCCGGCUGCAACGUACCGAUUACUAACCGGCCAAGAGCAGCCUAUAUACCUAUAAAGACAAGUCUCACCACUAGCCAGCUAUGGGUUCCAUGUUGACACUGCCUGCUUCGUUUGUGCGACACCAGUGUCGAAGAUGAUUUAACACGGCCUCACCACCUGCACCAACCUGGCUGUCAGCUGGCGUUGAGAGCUGCAGCAUCACAUCACAGCAGGGUGCGAGGGAGAAGCAAGCUGACCUUGGGUGUCGGCUUGGCUGCCCUUCCACUCAUGCAGGGCGCGCGCCACUGUUUCGCACCAAGAAGAUUUUGCACAUAACCUCCUCCAUAUCACCAGCUCAAACUAGAUGUCUCAUCACAUCUGCUCAGAUAUUUUAUUUAAGAAGAAACUCAUUGGACUUAUUUUAAUAAUGGCAAGGGCAUAAGUUUAAUAAUUUUAACCAAUUAAAAAAAAAAUCACUACUGGA